AUGGGACGUCUUUGGCGUUCGAAUUGUAGUCUGGAGAAGCGUCCUCAGCGACGGACCGGGCCCAAGUUCCCUGGAAAGGGCGCCCAGAGAGGCCCCAAUCGGGCGGUAAAUUCGUCCAAGGCUAAAUAUGGGCGAGAGACUGAUAGCGAACAAGUACCGCGAGGUAAAGAUGAAAAGGACUUUGAAAAGAGAGUCAAAGAGUGCUUGAAAUUGUCGGGAGGGAAGCGGAUGGGGCCGGCGAUGCGUCCCGGUCGGAUGCGGAGCGGAGCAAUCCGGUCCGCCGAUCGAUUCGGGGCGUGGACCGACGCGGAUUAA